AUGGCGGCCGAGAGCCUCGCCGAGCUCCGUGAUUGGCUCUUCCUGCUCCUCCUGUGCCUCACCCUGGUGGCCGAGAUGCUGGAGCUGGCGGCAGCCGCCGCCGUGGCCAUGGAGGGCGGGGAGGAGGAGCUCCCGUGCCCGUCCGUGUGCCGCUGUGACGAGGGAUACAUCUACUGCAACGACCGCGGCCUUAGUGCCAUCCCACCUCUCCCGCUGACCGCCACCAUUCUCUACCUGCAGAGCAACCGUCUGACCAACGGCGGCCUGCCUCAGUCCCUGGAACGCAGCUCCAGCAUGCGGGUGGUCUAUCUCUACGCCAACCAAUUAGACGAGUUUCCUAUCCACCUGCCGCCCUCGCUACGCGAGCUGCACCUGCAGGACAACAACAUACGAACAUUACCGCGGGCGACGCUGGCGCGGUACCCGUUGCUGGAGCGCCUGCACCUCGACGACAACUCCAUCUCCACGGUCAGUAUCCAGGAGAGGGCGUUCUCAGGCACGCCCCGGCUCCGCCUCCUCUUCCUGUCGCGUAACCACCUGUCCAGUAUCCCCGCCGGCCUCCCGUCCUCGCUGGAGGAGCUGCGGCUGGACGACAACAGGAUCACGACCAUCCCCACGCACGCCUUCCGCGGCCUGGCCUCCCUGCGCCGCCUGGUCCUGGACGGCAACCUGCUGGCCAACACGCGCAUCGCCGACGACACCUUUUCCCGCCUCUCCAACCUCUCGGAGCUCUCGCUGGUGCGCAACGCCCUGCAGGCCCCGCCCCUCAACCUGCCUGCCGCCCACCUGCUGCGCCUGCAGCUGCAGGACAACGGGAUGACCCACGUCCCCCGGGGCUCGCUGGAUGGCAUGCGGCGCCUGCAGAGGCUGGACCUGUCGGGGAACAACCUGACGUCUCUGCCCCGCGGCCUGCUGAAGGACGCCGAGGGCCUGGAGCUGCUGUUGGUGCGGGGGAACCCCUGGUACUGCGCCUGCAACCUGCGCUGGCUCCACGCCUGGCUGCACGCCCGCGGGGCCGCGGUCACCGUGCGGGGGCUGGUGUGCCACGGGCCCGAGGCGGUGCGGGGCCAGGCGCUCCGGGACCUGUCGGGGCUGAUGGAACAAUGCGAGGGGGGGCCGUCGGGGGGAGGGGUGAACGUAGCCUCCGCGGCGGGGGGGCGUGGUAGGGCUGAGGGGGGCGAAGUCCUGGCGGGGAAUCCUUUCCCCAGUGGCACUACCACCCCCCAGACCCCCACCCAGGGCUCCCUCUACACCCUCCGUGCCAAGUGGCCCGGCCUGGUGAUGCCUCUGCCUCCAGGUGAGGGGGGCCACGCGGCCGCCCAUGCCCUGGAACUAGUGGUCAAGUCCAUUUCGGGUGACAGCGUGCUGGUGACCUGGCUGUGCCCGCGCCCGCCGCCCUCCUUCCGCCUAUCCUGGCUGCGUCUGGGCAACACGGCGGCGCUGGGCUCCAUCACAGAGACCCUGGUGCCCGGGGAGAGGCAGCAGUACCUCCUCACCCAACUGACCCCCCGCUCACACUACCUCAUAUGCCUGCUGCCCCUCCACACGGCCGGCCCUGCCGGCUCACAGCGAGGACCCUCAGAUGCGGACAUGCCCCCCUCCUGCGCUCAGAUAGAGACAGGCGAUGCUCCGCCUUCAGCCGAAGGGGAGGGCCGGGACCCUGAGAUGACAGCCCUCCCAUUGGCCGGCAUCAUCGGCGGUGCCACGGCAUUGGUCUCCCUGCUGCUCAUCUUUGGGAUCUUCUGCUGGUACAGCCAGCGGGUCGCGUACGCCUCGGAGGACUCCGCCCCUUACGGGCGGGCCCAGCGCGGGGUGGGGAAGCACUACGAUGACUACGUGGAGUCCGGCACUAAGAAGGACAACUCCAUCCUGGAGAUCAGGGCCCCGGGCUUCCAGAUGACCCCGAUGGCAGCCCAUCAUCCCCUGCAGGCCAAGCUGGAGGACGUGACGUACGUCCACACCAUCUUCCCCUCGCACGUCAACGGGACCUUCCGCAGCGGCGGCGGGCAUGUUCCCGUCCGCAGCAGCCUCAACGGCACCCUGGUCUCCCAGUCGAGUCACAAUCCUGGUUACGGUACCAACCGGGGCUACCGGGAGGGCGGGAUCCCCGACAUAGACUACGCCUACACGUGAUGCCCCCCCGGGGCCGCCUUCCACAUCAGCUGUCCGCCAUUUGAAGAGGAUGUCCGGCAGCGUGGAGGUGGCGUUUCCUGCCCUCGGUUCCAAAGUGUGCCUCUGUGCCUCUGCUGUUUGCGUUCGGAAAGACCCUGUAUAUGUGUGUACCUUAGCUUGCAAACUGACGCUAGGCUGUGCAACAUGCCCUAUAGGUCACAUGUAACAUACGACACGCGUAGUCAAGACGAGAGAUGGGAAGUUAUGGGUCUACCAUGGCGACGUCUCAAAAGCUACUCUGUUAUACUGUAUGUUCUUAUUUCCAGCUGUUAUAUUCUCUUAUAUCUGCAUCUUUCAGACAUGCUGUUGUGUGCUCGUGAUAAUGCCAUGUACGGUGACUUGGUUUUCAGUGAGUUCUAGGCUUAGGGAGGUGAUUUAGGGACAACAUAUAGACUAAGCAAGGAGGGGACACUUGUGUAUAGAGAUAGCCUAGCUACACCACUACCUACUGAAGGGGGCUGCAUAUAGUGUAGACACAGGUGAUGGGGGG